CCAGAAGUCACAAACCUAGCGCCAAGAUUGGCUGUCAAGGUAGAGUCCAGGGUGCGGAAGUGGCUUUGUGGUGCCACCUUUAGCCGCUCAGAGGUCAACCCCCAUUCUACACCGAAAACUAGGCCUUGGCUGCUAUGGAAGGACAGCAGGGGCAAGAAAGCCGCGCAACCUUAACACUCGCCCAGACUCAUUUCAACAAGGGCGAGUACGCGGAGGCCGAGACGCUGUACUCCGCUUACAUUCGCCAGUGCGGCUGCGCGGCCUCCAGCGGCGAGAGUCCUGGGAGCAAAUGCAGCCCUGAGGAUUUGGCUACUGCAUAUAACAACAGGGGGCAAAUCAAGUACUUCAGGGUUGAUUUUUAUGAAGCCAUGGAUGACUACACAUCUGCCAUAGAAGUCCAACCCAAUUUUGAAGUCCCAUAUUACAACAGAGGGUUGAUACUGUAUAGGCUGGGUAAGAAUUUUUUUUCUUUUUGGGUUUUGUCAUUGACUGUAUUCUGUUACUUCAGAGGUCUCAAAUAUUGUAAAACUAAUGUAGUAAUCAAAUUUUAAAGUUCUGUGAAAUUUAGGUUUAGAGCUUGGAACAAAGGAAGCGUCCCUGAGUUUAUUUUAGGCUUUUGAUAGGCGUUAUAGAUCACAGCAGAGCACUGGGGUGGGAAUUGGACCUGGGCGCAGGAGCCAGGUGACCCCAUUACUUUGUGCUUGUGCAUUCCCAGCUGUGAAAUGAAGGCAAUUCAGAUGAUCGCCUGUGAAACUUUUCUGAGUUAAAAUCUUUGAAGACACACAAGACAAUAGAAAGUGAAGUUUAGAUUCUUGGAUUAAAGGGACCAUAGGUACUGUUUCUCAUUUAAAGUGUCAAAAAGAAAAUUAGUUUCCUGUUUCUUAAUUUUGCUGCAGUUAUGUAAAACAGGCGAUACAGUUUUGUUAAAAUUUUAAGAUGAUUGAUAAUAUUUACCUGUUAAAUCUCAAUAAAUAAACCCAUAGCUAAUUUUAGGUGUAUUAUUCCCUAAGGGCACACAAAAUUACUUUGAUAUACACAUCUCUAUAUUAUUAAGAUAAAAAAGUUCCUUUACUAGAAGUGACUGAAAGC